AUGCGUUUCUCCACCAUCUUCGCUCCCCUCAGCCUCCUUGGCUUGGCCGCUGCCGGACGACGCACCGAGAAGGGUAUCCCAUACGACACAGCCGUCAAGAUCGUCAACGACUUCGUGUCAACCCUGACGGCGUUCGACGUCAACGUCGCCACCAACCUCCUCGCCCCAUCAUUUGUCGACUUUUCCGACUCCAUCAACUUCCUGAUCGGCGCUCCAGCCGGCAGCCCGACCUUCCCCAGUCCACAAGCAUACAUUGCUGGACAAGGCGCUCAACCACCCAUCGGCUUGGACAUCCUAGCCAUUGACGCCAUCACUUCCGAUGGUGUCAUCGUCUUCCGCUGGACCGCCGCCGUCGGCCUCGACAUCGCCCCUGCCAACGGCAUCUCCGUCCUCUAUGCCACCCAGUCCGGCCCUGACCCAACCAUCGUUGGACCCGGCGGCUACCAGCUCGGCCGCCUCUACACCGAGUUCAACUCCGCCGCCUGGGUUUUGGACAUCGGUGGCUCCGUCACUCUCCCUCCUCCACCCCCAAGCUCUUAA